AAAGGACAGCGCUGUCAUCACCACAACGCUUGCCUAUUUCGACAUUUGCUCCGCUCCAGUGUUACAGCAAACAGGCGAGAUAUUUAGGUUUGCUGUUAUUCAGCGGAUUAGGUAUGCGCCCAGCUUGCGAACAAUAAGAUGACCAGGCUCCGCGGAGCUUCAGUGGGCUCUCCCGAUGUUUCUCGGUCCUCUGGUGGCAUCGACAGGCCACAGUUCCAACGAUCGAAACUCCCUCCAAAUGCCCCCGAAGUUAUUGUACAAAAUACCGUCGAAGUGUCGGAUCCUUCCCAGGUUCUGCCGUGGUGUAGAGAUGAACGACGGAGACAAUUCAAUCUACUAGUCCGCAGGUACAAAAACCAGGUUCUCUAUGGAUGUCAGGAUCCCGGCUGCCAUACCCCAACUUGCGCCAGCUACCGGAGGAGGGUGACUGAAGGUCCUUUUCGCCGUUACACCGAGUUGAGUGCCCGAACACUGGCUUGUUACCUCGCGAGCUUGGACAAUGCGGAGGAUGGUCUUUGUCGGAACGCGCCUAGAGUCCCAUCGGAAUUUUUGGCACAAGAUAAUUCACGUCGAUCGAAACGAAGAAGCCGCGUUCUUCCCGGACAAGAUACAAUCGCGGAACAUGGCGAAUCGUCGCGGUUAGAUCAUAAUGGGGGUCGGGAUAGUACCUCGACAGGCCAAACUCAUAUAGGAAAAGAUACAGUCUCUUCAAACCUGACAGAUGACCCUACGGCUGCUCGAUCACCUCGCUCGGAUACGCACACCCAACACGACGAUGCACAGGAUGAUGAUAAUAAUGCCGCAACGCACCAGAUGAAAGAUCCGAAGUCUUUUACUCAGAACCUGUUCGAUACGUUGUCUUUACGAAUGGUGGAAUGGCUUCCUUUACGACGAUCCCCAGAGAAAUUUCAACCCGGCCCUGAUCUCUCGUCCAUUCGAACUCCCGGUCAGUCACCAAAACCGGGGGGCCGUUACAGCCAAGGGCACACGGGUGCAGAAAAACGACCAAAUAUGGGGCGUACAACCUCGCAUAGCGGAUCUACUGGAAGUGGUCCUAAUACCCCGUCUACACGAUUCUCGGGCGGCCAGCCUACGGCGGUGGAGGUGAAAUUCCCAAAUCAACAGGUUAAACGACUGUCGCUCACUGAGGUUGAUCAGUGGCGUCCAAGUUCCAGAUCAAGCCUUGAAGAAAAAGGUCGCCCGGAGCGCAAGCCAGCACGGAAACUCUCAGUCAACACGCAUACAAGUACCAACGAGUUCGUCAGCAUGCCUUCCCCACCGGCGUUGAAACAUCGUCCGCAAAAGCACCGUGGGAGGAUUGGGGAUACAAAUAGCAUCUCCCUCCAAGAGGAGCACAAAAAGCCUAGACGCGUUUCUUGGGAUGGCACGAAAGUCCUGAAUGAUGCCUUGUGUUUUGAGAAUCAGGAAGAGCCAAUUGUAGCUUCUCAUGAUCGGAUUCCCUCAGAGGCGCAGUCUCCCAGCGAAUCCAAGCCUAGACGUAAAAGUCAACGCCAUAAACGCAAUACCACCUCUACCGUCCAGACAGUCACGCAUCUCACUAGUGAAAUAGUUGAAGGGUUAGGGCAGAUGAUGGUUCAGUCUGAAGAAGAAGCACAAACAUGGCGAGACGAGCUGGCCUCUAUGGAGUCUGCUGGUAACUUUGAAGAUUCAGAGUGGCACUUUGCGACACCCCGUCAGCGCCAAGUAUUUGCAUUUGUUGCCCAAACUGUGUUCUAUACCCUAGGUAGUGCGAAGCAGGUUCUGCACUCCUUUCGAAAAGAAACGCAAGACCCGGUUGAAACGAAGCAAAAAGCGACGAAUACUUCCUUGGAUUUUCAACAAUUGCAAUCAUCUCUACGCAGGCUUUUCACUAUCUGCCCAUGGGAUAUUGCUUUGCACAGCUUGUGGAGCUCAUUGGAGAAGUUAUUCGUUCCCCCUAAGGAAUUGUCGACCUCAGGCAGACAGUCGCGCCGCUCAUCAACCAAUUCAACCAUGGGAGUGUCUGUAUCUGCUCCCAUAGUUACUCGUCGAGCAUCCGACUCAGGGAAUGAACAUGUUACCGAUUCCAAUGCCGCCGAUAUUGCAACAGUCACCUUACUCGCAUUAAUCAGCGCUAUUCCGCAAAUAGAUGCGCAAACCUGGCGAGGAAUAAUCCAAAUGCGCGGUAUUGGGGCUGUGACUUCAAAUGCCGAAAUCCAAAAACUCCCUACAUCAAGUGCUCGAUUGAUUGUUGAGGUCACCGACAAGUUGGAGCAUGAAUUGGCUCUCCGGUUGAUGAACCGCUUGGUGCGCGCUCUUACCGCUCGGGUGGUGUUUCAUGAGAUUUCAAAAACUCGUCAACCUUAUACACACGAGUCUAUCAAGCAGAAUAAGACCAGUGUCCUGGAUCUGCUUGUGAACAAUCUCAGCAAGUAUCAUGGUUCAUCGGCAGCUGAAGUGGAUGCCUCUACUCCGCAAUCGCCAGGUGCUCCAGCUCUAAUCGCCGAGUGGAUUCGCACUCUCUUGCUCAGGGAGUGGGACGGUAACCCCGAAAUUUCCAGAAGCAGUGCUGUUGGAGGCGCGGUGCAGAUACUCUCCUCAUUGUACAAGGAACGUAACCGACUGGGUCUUGUUCCGGAAGAUUUCCACACACCGUUUCUUGCGGAGAGGUUGGACCCUUUGGAGAUGCCCGUGGAGUGGCUGGAAAGUUUGUCGAAUAACAAAACCAUGCACCUGCUGUCAUAUUCGUUCCUUUUCCCUCCUUCAUCACUGGUCAUUUACUUCCGCGCUCUCAAUUAUUCAGUCAUGUCCCGAUACUACGAAUCCGCGAUGACUACUACAAGACACGUGACGCAGACUGCAUUUGGAACCAUCCCCGUUCAUGACGAUGUAAGUUUGUUGGCACGAAUGAAGACAUCCAUGUCGACAUACCUUGUGCUCGUCGUGCGUCGUGACAAUGUUGUCACCGACUCCCUCAAUCAGCUAUGGCGACGUGAGAAGCGAGAGCUGAUGCGUCCAUUGAAGGUGCAAAUGGGAAUGGACGAAGGCGAGGAGGGUCUUGAUCAUGGUGGUGUUCAGCAAGAAUUUUUCCGAGUGCUCAUGGCAGAAGCGUUGGACCCAGCCUACGGCAUGUUCACAAUGGAUGCCCGGACACGCAACUCGUGGUUUCAGCCAGGUUCGUGGGAGCCGCUGUACAAGUUCGAGCUUCUCGGACUCCUGAUGUCUCUUGCGGUCUACAAUGGUUUGACUCUUCCGGUGACUUUCCCAAUUGCAUUUUAUCGCAAAUUGCUGGGGCUCAAGGUGAAGCAGCUAGAUCAGAUCCAGGAUGGCUGGCCCGAGCUUACCAGAGGUCUUGGAGACCUGUUGACAUGGCAAGAUGGCGAUGUGGGCGAUAUCUUCAUGCGGACAUAUGAAUUUAGCUUCGAGGCCUUUGGGAGUGUCGAGACGGUUGACAUGCAACGAGUUGACAGAGACGCCGUGUGGCCUUUGCCGUCUAGGGCCAUGCAGUCCGGAGGCCGGCCAGCGCUUUCGACGGCGUGGUCAGAGGUGCCGCACUAUAAGGACCAUCUGGAUAUGAGUCCUCCAUCAUCGCUGGCGGCGACGGCAGCCGAUCUCGCUUCCCGCGCAUCCUCGUCCCACGGAGACCUGGCGAAAUCCGUAGAUUUUUCGAUCCCUCUCCAGUCACCCACUCCACCAUCAGACGAAGCUUGCCUUGUGACCAACGCCAAUCGACACCAGUUUGUCAAAGACUACAUCUUUUGGCUGACGGACAAGUCAAUUCGCGCUCAAUUCGAGGCAUUUGCGCGGGGAUUCUACACAUGCCUUGAUCGAUCGGCCCUGUCGAUAUUUACACCGGAGGCUCUGAAGACCGUGGUGGAAGGAAUCCAGGAGAUUGACAUGAAAGAGUUAGAGCGCCAUGCAAGAUAUGAGGGUGGCUUUGGACCCAACCACCCUGUAAUUUGUGACUUUUGGAAUAUAGUCCAGGGUUACUCAGCCGAAAAGAAGGCGCAGCUGUUGGAGUUUGUCACGGCCAGUGAUCGUAUUCCAGUCAAUGGGAUUUCGAGCAUCAUGUUUGUUAUCCAAAAGAACGGCGUGGGUGAUGCUCGCCUUCCGACCAGUUUGACCUGUUUUGGCCGGCUCCUCCUGUCGGAGUAUUCGUCGAGGGAUGUUUUGGAAGAGAAGCUGAACAAGGCGCUAGAGAACGCCCGGGGAUUUGGCGUUGCAUGAGACUGCAUUGCAUUGGUUUCGGGAUUUAUUCUUAAUAAAAGCGAUAAUUGGUUGGAUCAAGUUCGGUCGAUGACUAUGGAUUUUGCAUCCUGUGUUGGCAGCGUAAUUGCGGGCGUACUAUAGAAUACCCUAGAUGUGCAUUGUUAGUAUAUAUACAUACACACAUUCACUCAGAAUAAGCAAAUUCUCUCGUGAAGCUAUUCGUAAUCGAUACUCGUCAAACC